AUGACGUUUUUCAAACCAGGACAUUUCAUAAUGUUUCACUCAACAAUGACAUUUUCACAGUUCUAUUUGUCGUCCAAAUCAAGAUGGCUGCGUGCAAUGGUGGCCGUGGUUGUGGUAUACAUAUUUGUCCAGGUGUCGUGGACCAGCCGGGAGUACAUCCGACCUUGCUGCAUGGAUGCUCAGCAUGUCUCAACUUCAGGUUUUAAGGAACAUUACAAAUGGACAUGCAUCGACAGGCUGGCAAACAGACACAAAAGAGUGGAGGAUAUAUACUGUAUUGUUUUACCAGAAUUUCUACCACACAUAAAAAACCCAUGCUUCUACGACUAUGGAUCAAAACAUCGCGAGCUUCGUUGUCUCCCAUACUUUUAUAUUAUUGGAAUGGACAAAAGUGCUUCCACGGAUCUCCAUAGUCGAUUAGCCAAACAUCCCCUUGUAAUGGAAAACAGAGGCAAUCUUGGCAAAGAAACAGCUUAUUGGUCAUGGUAUAGAUAUGGUAUCUUCAACAAAAAGACUGUAAACAGAAAGAUGUAUUUAGACGACUAUCUGACGAUGUUUGCAGACACAGCAAAAAUGAUACAGGACGCCAACAGGACGCAGAUAAUUACAGGAGACGCCACCCCGAUGGACCUUUGGGAUUUUCGAUCCUGGCCGUCGAUCCCCCAGAACGCGCACAAAGAAGAACCUGAAGUGCUGACACCACAUCUAAUUCAGUAUAUUCAUCAAGGACGGACACCCAAGUUCAUCAUUCAGCUUAGAGAGCCAGUGGAAAGAUUGUAUUCUGACUAUAUCUUUCUGAAGUACGGAAACAACCCCACUGAGUUUCACAAACAUUCAAUGGAGGCCAUAGACUUGAUGAACAAUUGCACGGGCAACCACAGCAGGCGAUUCUGUUAUUUUAGUAAAGCUCUCUAUCAAAAACUACCAGCGCGCUUACACCUGGGCUGCUACUCCGUGUUUCUUAAAGAAUGGUUCAACGUGUUUCCUCGAUCCGCUUUCUUGAUAACAAGAACUGAUGAGUACAUGAAAGACAUGUCAGCAACAUUGACCAGGGUGUUCCAGUUUAUGGACUUGCCAACGCCUCCCCAAGAUCAGAUGGCGGAUAUCUUAAAUCAAACUCGUCGACAUGUCACACAAAAGAAAGCGGGGAAGAUACGCCCAGAAACCGUUACAGCGCUGCGCAAAUUCUACGAUGACUGCAACAAGGAGACUGCAGAACUUCUACAGGAUGAUCGUUUUCUAUGGUCAGAUCACUAUACGUGA